AUGCCACUUCUACAGCUUGCCACGAGCAACCCAGCCGGAUUCAGCAUUACAACAAUUGUCAUUCUGGCAGCAACCUUGACGGGCACCAUUUACAUUCUCUGGAAAGGCAUUUACAACUUGUAUUUCCACCCACUAGCACGGUUCCCAGGGCCUUUUUUUGCCCGCGCCUCACCUUAUCCCAAUGUCUACAAUCUCAUUCGCGGCCGCAUUCCAUUCUGGAUCAAGGCUUGCCACGACCAAUAUGGCCCAAUCGUGCGUGUUUCUCCCAACGAAUUAUCGUUCGAUAACGAGGCGGCAUGGAAAGACAUCUAUGGAAGUCGUCCAGGUCACCUGAACUUUCACAAAGACCCCGUGCAUGUUGGCAGCAUCGAGUCUGUGCCGGGCGUGUCGACCAUCACAAUGGCGAACGACGCGGAUCACGCCCGCCAGCGCCGCGCUCUGUCGCACGCAUUCUCAACCAAGGCGUUGAUGGAGCAGGAACACAUUAUCCGCUCGUACAUUGAUGUGUUCUCGGAAAAGAUGAAGGACUUCGCUCGUGAGGGCACGCCAGUCAAUUUGGUCGCCUGGCUGGCCUACUGCACGUUCGACAUCAUUGGUGACAUGGCGCUAGGCGAGCCGUUUGGGUGCAUGGACAACGAAGACUUCCGCUUUUGGGUGCCUCUCAUCAGCGCGUCGAUCAAGGCAGGUGCCUUUGAACAAGCCACACGACGCGUUGCCCAUACGAAUGGCACCACGCAAAAGCUACUGCUGAAGCUCAUCCCCGACCGUAUCCGCAUCACCAGACGCCAGCACCUUCAAUACAGCAAGGAGAAGAUUCUUAAACGCAUGGAACAGACACAGUCGGAUCACAAAGACUUCCUCUACUAUCUUAUCAAGCAGCUCGAGAACGGAGCCAUUGGUAAAGAUGAAGUUAUUGUCAAUGGCGCCCUCAUGAUUAUCGCCGGCACCGAAACUACCGCUGGUUUCCUGGCUGGUCUUUUCAACCACUUGCUCCGCGACGAGCGUGUCCUUGACAUCCUCGUGCGCGAGAUCCGUGACACUUUCGAAUCUGAAAAGGACCUGAGCUUUGAGCGCCUGCGUCAGUUGCCGUACCUCAUGGCCGUCAUUGACGAGGGUCUACGUAUCUUCCCCAGUGCUCCCAUUGGCUUUGCGCGUACGGUCCCUGUUGGUGGUGACACUGUUGAUGGUGUCUUUAUCCCUGGUGGCACCACGGUCUCCGUCCCCAUGUGGGGUGCUACACACAGCGAGCGCAACUUCAAGAACCCGUACAAGUUCUUGCCGGAGCGUUGGCUAAACAAAGAGGCUGGAACCGACAAGUUUGGUGCUUCGAACCCUUUCUCUCUUGGCCCUCGUGGCUGCAUUGGUCGCAAUCUGUCCAUGAUGGAGAUGUGUUUGAUUAUUGGAAAGCUGCUCUGGAGUAACGACAUCUCCAUGGAGGGCACGCAGGAAGUUUGGGAUCCCGCACGUGACUACCCUAGACUUCGCGUCUACAACAACUGGAUGAAGCCUGGUCUGUAUGCCAAGCUUACACCCCGGAAGAAGUAA